GUUUCCGAAGCUGCGCAGUAGCGGCGAGUUCACCCGAGUUUGGGGCGCCUGCAGAGCUUAGUGUUUCAGAUCACUGCCGGGCUCAGGGAAGAGGAAGCAGCGUAAGAAACCUCUUCUCUAUUCACAAUAUCCCGGCUUCUGGCAUACGAUUCGCGAAACUCUUGAGCUCCCAGCAGUGACAGCAAAAGGCCCUGUGGGCACAGCAAGCAGGAGAGACCCCCUCGGCCUGCUCUUUUACCCGGCCUGUACGUGUAACAGAAAAGGGGACGGAGGGAGGCCGGGAGCUUCCCCCGCUGCGGGACACAGGGAGAGCAGGAGGAGGUUGAGGGAGGUGCGGGCCCGCGGGGGGAAUCCAGCAAGAUGAUCAAACUCUUCUCGCUGAAGCAGCAGAAGAAAGAUGAGGAAUCUGCCGGAGGCACCAAGGGGAGCAGUAAAAAGGCGUCAGCCGCUCAGCUCCGUAUUCAGAAAGAUAUUAAUGAGCUGAAUUUGCCGAAGACGUGUGAAAUAGAAUUUUCAGACCAUGACGAUCUCCUUAAUUUCAAAUUAGUUAUCUGCCCUGAUGAGGGUUUCUACAAAGGUGGAAAAUUUGUUUUCAGUUUUAAGGUGGGACAAGGUUAUCCUCAUGACCCGCCAAAAGUGAAGUGUGAAACUAUGGUAUAUCAUCCAAAUAUAGACCUAGAAGGCAAUGUCUGCCUAAAUAUUCUAAGAGAGGACUGGAAGCCUGUACUCACAAUAAACUCAAUAAUUUAUGGCCUGCAGUAUCUUUUCUUGGAGCCAAACCCUGAAGACCCAUUAAAUAAAGAAGCUGCUGAAGUUCUUCAGAACAACAGACGCCUGUUUGAACAGAAUGUACAGCGAUCUAUGCGCGGUGGCUACAUAGGAUCCACCUACUUUGAACGCUGCCUGAAAUAGAACUGAGCAGCUCUGAGUGCAAAACCAGCCAUCCACUGACCGACCUUUGUGCCCUCACCCCUUCAUUUUCCUUUUAGUUUUGCUCAUUUAUUGCACCGUCAAACAGAUCUCUCUUUGAAGAGACUGCCUGAGCUCCUGAUUUAAAAAGAAAUAUGCAAGGUCCUGUGUCUCGUCGUCCUGCUGCUUGCUAUUUUCCAGAAGGGAAGACAUUGCGUGCAGAGUUUACAGUUCCUUCGUCUUGCUAUUGUUGGAUCUACAUUACCUCACUUUACUCUUAUUUUUGAACAUCUGUUUAUUUUUGGGUUAAUAAAUAUCCACCCUUUCUCUUCAUCUUCCCAUUUUUCUUGUAGCCGUUAUAAAAUUCAAAGUGCUCACUGGAUUAACUGAACUAGUUCUACAGAUUCCUGGGGUUUAUUUUGUAAUCUAUAUUAGCUCCAUUAUACUCAUGUGGGCACUCCCCUACCAGACCCGAUGUUGCUCUAUUUUUUGCGGCCUUAAGCCUUAAACUUUUGUUAUUCAGGGAGCUUUGUUACACCUUUACUUUUUCCCUCCUUCUGAUAUUCCAUAUAAAGGAAUGUUACUGAAAACAUUUUAGACACACCUGACAGUAACUCCCUCUUAAACCCAAUUUUAAUAUUAACAGUACAGUUUGUAAGGUGGUUGGCUAAGUUUUAAGAAUUUCCACCAUCUAUGGAGAAUUACACAUUUUGCUUCUGCUGCUUGAGCCACCUUUAAGCUUACAUGUUCUUGGAAUUCUAUGCUUUCUAUAAUAAAUAUUGCGUGCAGAAGGCAAACUUUAUGAGUUGAGGUUUUAAAAAGGGGUCAGGUGGCGGCAUGACCUUACAAAUGCUUAAGUCCAUACAGAUGGGCUGGAGGGGAUACAGAUGUAAGAGACUCUUGUACCUUGCACCUUUUACCUCUCCUUCCUUUUUUACUCAUAUAAAUUGUAUUCUCUUACUCUCUCCUGUUGUGUAGGAUCAAGGUUCUUUAAGUGCACGUAUUUAUUAAUUAAUGGGUUCAGUCUUGUUAAAAUAACGAGCUAACAUAAAGCUCUGCACUGGUUAAAUAACUGGCUCUGCAAACAGCUCACAUUUCCUAGUUUCACGUUCCAUGUGAGGUUGCUUUUGGAGGCCUACGGUGGUGAUGGGCUCUGUACUCGAGGACAAUACAACCCUCUCAGUUUAAACAGGUUUUUAGGCCAAUAUCGAGCUGGCCUACCUUUGUGACAGCCAUGCCUGAGCCCUGACCUGUAUUUCAGUGUCCUUGGCAGAGGCGCCCUUUCAGUUUUAGAGCCUCGUUCACAACACAAGGUAAUGUUUAUUCAGUUGAAUAAUAAUUGCCAUGCAGUAAUGGCUACUGUUGUCUUCUGAAUGAGACUCUUAGAGUCCACUUAUUGACGUGUAUGGUUUUAAUUAAUAAAACAAAAAGACAAAAAAUAAAAAUAAAAUGUUAACCAGAAA